CGCCAGGAGCGGGUCAUGUUCGACAAGAUCACAUCGCGCAUCCAGAAGCUCUGCUACGGCCUCAACGCCGACUUCGUGGACCCCGCCCAGAUCACCAUGAAAGUGAUUCAGGGGCUCUACAGUGGAGUCACGACAGUGGAGCUGGAUACUCUGGCUGCCGAAACGGCUGCGACUCUGACCACCAAACACCCCGACUACGCUAUCCUGGCAGCGAGGAUUGCAGUGUCCAACCUGCACAAGGAAACAAAGAAGGUGUUCAGUGAUGUGAUGGAUGAUCUCUACAACUACGUAAACCCUCACAACGGGAAGCACUCGCCAAUGAUCUCCAAAGAAACCCUCGACAUAGUGUUGGCCAACAAAGACCGCCUGAAUUCUGCCAUUAUCUAUGACAGAGACUUCUCCUACAACUAUUUUGGCUUUAAGACUCUGGAGCGCUCUUACUUGCUGAAAAUCAACUCAAAAGUUGCUGAACGGCCCCAACAUAUGCUGAUGCGGGUGGCCGUGGGAAUCCACAAAAACGACAUCGAGGCUGCGAUUGAGACUUACAACCUGCUGUCUGAAAGGUGGUUUACCCACGCCUCGCCCACGCUCUUCAACGCGGGCACCAACCGCCCACAGCUCUCCAGCUGCUUCCUGCUGUGCAUGAAAGACGACAGCAUCGAGGGCAUCUACGACACCCUCAAGCAGUGCGCGCUCAUCUCCAAGUCUGCCGGAGGGAUCGGGCUUGCCGUGAGCUGUAUCCGAGCCACAGGCAGCUACAUUGCAGGGACAAAUGGCAAUUCCAACGGCCUUGUUCCAAUGCUGAGAGUCUACAACAACACCGCCCGCUACGUGGACCAAGGUGGCAACAAGAGACCUGGGGCCUUUGCCAUCUACCUGGAGCCGUGGCAUUUGGACAUUUUUGAAUUUCUUGACUUAAAGAAGAACACUGGGAAGGAAGAGCAGCGAGCCAGGGACCUCUUCUUCGCCCUCUGGAUCCCCGAUCUCUUCAUGAAGCGGGUUGAAACCAACCAGGACUGGUCCUUAAUGUGUCCAAAUGAGUGUCCUGGUCUCGAUGAGGUUUGGGGAGAGGAAUUUGAGAAGCUGUAUGAGAGCUACGAGCGGCAAGGCCGCGUGCGGCGCGUGGUGAAGGCGCAGCAGCUCUGGUACGCCAUCAUCGAGUCGCAGACGGAGACCGGCACCCCCUACAUGCUCUACAAGGACUCGUGCAACCGCAAGAGCAACCAGCAGAACCUGGGCACCAUCAAGUGCAGCAACCUGUGCACCGAAAUCGUGGAGUACACCAGCAAAGACGAGGUCGCCGUCUGUAACUUGGCCUCUAUAGCCCUCAACAUGUACGUCACUUCAGAGCACACGUAUGACUUCGAGAAGCUGGCCCAAGUCACGAAAGUUAUCGUCCGCAACCUGAACAAAAUCAUUGACAUCAACUACUACCCUGUGCCCGAGGCUGAACGCUCCAACAGGCGCCACCGGCCCGUUGGCAUUGGCGUGCAGGGCCUGGCAGAUGCCUUCAUCCUGAUGAGAUACCCCUUCGAAAGCCCUGAGGCCCAGCGCCUGAACCAGCAAAUUUUUGAGACCAUCUAUUACGGUGCUCUGGAAGCCAGCUGUGAACUUGCCAAGGAGCAAGGCCCCUAUGAAACCUAUGAGGGUUCUCCUGUAAGCAAAGGAAUCCUUCAGUAUGACAUGUGGAACGUCACCCCCUCGGACCUCUGGGACUGGAGAGCACUGAAGGAGAAGAUUGCCAAAUAUGGUGUCAGGAACAGCCUUCUCCUCUCUCCAAUGCCAACUGCUUCGACCGCUCAGAUCCUGGGCAAUAACGAAUCCAUCGAGCCCUACACCAGUAACAUCUACACGCGCAGAGUCCUCUCGGGAGAGUUCCAGGUUGUAAAUCCACACUUGCUGAAAGAUCUCACCGAGAGGGGCCUGUGGAACGAGGAGAUGAAAAACCAAAUCAUCGCCCACAAUGGCUCUAUCCAGAAUAUCCCCGAGAUUCCCGAUGACUUGAAGCAACUCUAUAAGACGGUGUGGGAGAUCUCCCAGAAAACUAUCCUCAAGAUGGCAGCGGACCGAGGAGCUUUCAUCGAUCAGAGCCAGUCCCUCAACAUCCACAUCGCGGAACCCAACUACGGCAAACUCACCAGCAUGCACUUCUAUGGGUGGAAGCAGGGUCUGAAGACCGGCAUGUACUAUCUCAGGACCAAACCAGCUGCUAACCCCAUCCAGUUCACCCUCAACAAGGAGAAGCUCAGGGAGCGAGAGAAGGCUUCCAAAGAGGAGGAGGAGAAGGAGAGGAAUAAAGCAGCCAUGGUGUGCUCCCUGGAGAACCGAGACGAGUGUCUCAUGUGUGGCUCCUAACGGAUCAUCCCUGCAGAGCCAGCAGAGUCGCUCCGCCUGACUUGAUGCUUUCUACGAUAGAUAGGUCUAGUUUAACUUCAGGAUGGAGGGGCUUGCUGGACCUGGGGCAGGAGCACUGCUCACAGGAGUGUUUUGUAGCUUCCCCAUCCGUGAAUUGGGGUGGUACACAGGGAUGGAUAGGGGGCAUAAGAAGUUUGUCUCUUGCUUUUGUAGCUGGGCUUCCUGGAAACGUUAGGCGCUCUUGCGUGGUCUGGUGUUACAGGUAGGACCUUUCCUGAACAGGCAGGGAAGCGUCAGUGCCACUUACCUUAAAGAUCUGCCUGGGGCCUUCAAGAAGUCCUUCUCAUUCCCUGAAGACUCGUAGCCUUGUCUUUAGAGAGAGAAGUGGACCUCACUCAUCUCCUUUCCUUUGCUCUGAGAAGACUGCAGCAAGAUGUUCUUGUGCCAGGCAUGGUGCCUGCUUGAUGCACUGCCUGCCGUGGCAAAGGAGCAAUUGCUGCCAGCCUUAAAAAGAUGGGGGGUGUGCAGUUAUCCCAGCGAGGCCCUUCUGCCGUUUCCCUGCCAUUUCUUCCAUUCCGUGUCCCCUCCUUCCCCUUCCAAAAAGGUUUCUGAGAUGCUUCGUUUAUCGCCACCAGGAGACUGCAUCUCUGUUCAGCCUGCUGGGGCAGAGCGUCACGCUUGGCAAAUCCCCCCCUUUCACCUCUGACCAGGAAGCGGCAGAUUGUUUGAUUCCGUGUUAAGAAACAGUCUCAUUUAUGGGUCAGGUUGAUAACGGGCUUCCUUGUGCCCCUUGGCCAGGAAGCCCUCUGAGGUGUCCACGCUGCCACCUUGCAAGAGCUGCAUUUAACCCCCCCCAGCUAGUUAUAUUUUAAAAAUACGUUUUUACUUCUCCACUCAACCCCCGCGCGCUGAUGCGGCGGGCCUUCAUCACCCGGUUCUUCAAUAUUUAUUGA